AUGACAGACUCCGUGUUGGACUCGCAGCCAGCCACCAGUGCUGGGGAGAUGGAUGGACUGUGCUCUGAGCUAUUGCUGAUCCCCCAACCUCUCUCCAAUGGUGGUAUACUGGAGCCUGCUCAGAGCUCCUGCCCCUCUGGAAGCCCCACAGCUCUGCCUCCUGACCCAGGCUGCCUGCUGGUAGAGGCCACAGCAACUGGAGAGGGCACCGGGAACAUGGAGAUCAUUGUAGAAGCAGUGGCUGGAAACCUGUCCCCAGAUGCUCCCGGAGACACCCCAGCACCCAAAAUGCCCUCAGGAGACAGAGGGCCUUCGGAGGAAGCAGAUGCACCCUUGCCACUUCAGGAGUCAGCUGAAGAGGAGGAAAUUGAGGAAGAAGACAGUGGCUCCCAGAGGGACUCCCAGAAAGCCCUGGGAAAAGGACAGCAACUGGAAGGUGAGGUGGCUUCUGGCACCGAGUCCCUUUUCAAGACCCACAUGUGUCCCGAGUGCAAGCGCUGCUUUAAGAAGCGGACUCACCUGGUGGAACACCUGCAUCUCCACUUCCCAGACCCCAGCCUCCAGUGCCCCAAUUGCCAGAAGUUCUUCACCAGUAAGAGCAAACUCAAGACCCACCUGCUCCGGGAGCUAGGUGAGAAAGCCCACCGCUGCCCACUGUGCCACUACAGUGCCGUGGAGAGGAAUGCACUCAACCGCCACAUGGCCAGCAUGCAUGAGGACAUUUCCAACUUCUACUCGGACACCUACGCCUGCCCUGUCUGCCGUGAGGAAUUCCACCGCAGCCAGGCCCUCAAGGAGCAUCUCAAGAGCCACACAGCGGCAGCUGCCGCCGAGCCUCAGCCCCUUCACUGCUUUCAGGAAGGCUGCAGCUAUGCCGCGCCCGACCGCAAGGCCUUUGUAAAGCACCUGAAGGAGGCCCACCGGGUUCGAGCCGUGGAGUGCCGCCACCACUCGUGCCCCAUGCUCUUUGCCACAGCUGAGGCCAUGGAGGCCCACCACAAGAGCCAUUAUGCCUUCCACUGUCCCCAGUGUGACUUCGCUUGCUCUAACAAGCACCUGUUCCGCAAGCACAAGAAGCAGGGCCACCCCGGCAGUGAAGAGCUGCGCUGCGCCUUCUGCCCCUUUGCCACCUUCAACCCAGUGGCCUACCAGGACCACGUGGGCAAGAUGCACGCUCAUGAGAAGAUCCACCAGUGCCCUGAGUGCAACUUUGCCACUGCCCACAAGAGGGUGCUCAUCCGACACAUGCUGCUGCAUACUGGCGAGAAACCUCACAAGUGUGAGCUGUGUGACUUCACAUGCCGAGAUGUGAGCUACCUGUCCAAGCACAUGCUGACCCACUCUAGCGCCAAGGAUUACAUGUGCACCGAGUGUGGCUACGUCACCAAGUGGAAGCACUACCUCAGUGUGCACAUGCGAAAACACAUGGGGGACCUCAGAUACCAAUGCAACCAGUGCUCCUAUCGCUGCCACCGGGCUGACCAGCUGAGCAGUCACAAGCUGCGGCACCAGGGCAAGUCCCUGAUGUGUGAGGUGUGUGCCUUUGCCUGCAAACGGAAGUACGAGCUGCAGAAGCAUAUGGCUUCACAGCACCGCCCUGGCACACCAGCCCCCCUCUAUCCCUGCCGCUACUGCAGCUACCAGAGCCGCCACAAGCAGGCGCUGCUGAGCCACGAGAACUGCAAACACACCCGGCUCCGGGAGUUCCGCUGUGCCCUCUGUGACUACCGCACUUUCAGCAACACCACCCUCUUCUUCCACAAGCGCAAAGCCCAUGGCUAUGUGCCCGGGGACCAGGUCUGGCAGCUCCGUUAUGCAAGCCAGGAGUCAGAGGGAACCAGGCAGUGCCCAACACCCCCAGUAGACACAGAACCCUCAGGCCAACCCGAGGGGCUGGGCCCUGACCCUGGGUCUCUGGUGGACCUCAGCCUGGGCCAGGCCCUGCCGGAGGUGAAUGAAGAGAGUAGAGCUGGGACACAGCACGUCAGUGAGGCUUCCCAAGAAGUUGACCUGGUUGGCAGCCCCAGCCCAGCGGAGGUGGAUGAGGGUGGCUGCACUCUCCAUCUGGAGGCCCUGGGAGUAGAGUUGGGACCCGUGACUACCGAGCCACCCCUCCAGGCGAUCAGUGAGACAGCCCCCGGGGAGUGCGGGCCGCUGGAUCCCUCAGGGCCCUUGGAACUAGAAGUGCCAGAUGGAACCGUGACCGAGCUCUCCAGCUUAGAAGGCAUUGGGCCUUCUGAUAUGGGUGCUGAAGAAGAGCCCAUUUUGGAGAAGCCUGUCCCUGAGCUCCCCAGAGACCCCCCAUUCUCAGAGGAGGCCCCUAAUAGCUGGGUGGGAACCUUGAAGGCAACUCCCCCUGCCGAGACAGCACCCCUGUCCCAGUUUCCCGAGUCAGAGUCAUUGCUCAAGGCCCUCAGGAGGCAGGACAAAGAGCAGGCUGAGGCACUGGUACUGGAGGGCCGGGUGCAGAUGGUGGUCAUCCAGGGAGAGGGGCGGGCCUUCCGCUGCCCACACUGCCCUUUCCUCACCCGCCGGGAGAAGGCCCUGAAUCUGCACUCCCAGACUGGGUGUCAGGGACGCCGGGAGCCCCUAGUGUGCCCCAAGUGUGGGGCUAGCUUCAAGCAGCAGCGGGGCCUCAGUACCCACCUGCUGAAGAAGUGCCCUGUUCUACUCAGAAAGACCAAGGGUUUGCCCAGACCAGACUCGCCCAGCCCUCUGCCCACGGGCACCCAAGCCUCAGAGGGUCCAAAAGCUGGGAAGCCCCUACUGGAACCACUGGAAAUAGAGCUAGAGUGUCCAAAAGGUACUUCUGAGCUACCCAGGGAGUCGAAAGACCUGGAGGAACCUCUUCUCACAGUGUCUGGCUCCCCGGCCCCUCCUGCAGCCGACCCCUCCCCAACAGGGACCCCUGAGAAGUUCCGCUUUGAGCAGGGCAAGUUUCACUGCAGCUCAUGCACAUUCGUUUGUUCAAGGCUGUCCUCCAUUACCUCUCAUGUGACUGACGGCUGCCGGGGGGUCCGUGGUGGGGGAGGGAAGCGAGGAGCCCCCCAGGCACAGCCUGUUGUGUCCUCCACCACCAAAGGAAACUCUGCCUCGCUGAGUAAUGGGAGCCCAGAGUCCAGCCCUGGUGGUGGGGACACAACUGUGGUUCGAAAACAGAAGGGGGCUCGCUUCUCCUGCCCCACGUGCCCCUUUAGCUGCCAGCAGGAACGUGCUCUGAGAACCCACCAGGCCCGGGGCUGCCCCCUCGAGGAGUCUGGAGAGCUACGCUGUGGCCUCUGCCCGUUCACCACCCCUGCUGCUGCCGCCUUGCGGCUCCACCAGAAGAGGAGGCACCCCACUACAGGGCCAGCCCGGGGCCCCCGAGCCUCUCUACAGUGUGGGGACUGCAGCUUCACCUGUAAGCAGAGCCGGUGCCUACAGCAGCACCGGCGGCUCAAGCACGAGGGGGUGAAGCCCCAUCAGUGUCUUUUCUGUGACUUCUCUACCACCAGGCGGUACCGACUAGAGGCUCAUCAGUCCCGGCACACAGGUGUCGGCCGCAUCCCCUGCAGCUCUUGCCCCCAGACAUUCGGUACCAACUCCAAGCUGCGCUUGCACCGGCUAAGGGUCCAUGACAAAACACCCACCCACUUCUGUCCACUCUGUGACUAUAGUGGCUACCUCCGCCAUGACAUCACACGCCACGUCAACAGUUGCCACCAGGGCACCCCAGCCUUUGCCUGCCCCCGGUGCGAGGCCCAGUUCAGCUCUGAGACAGCGCUCAAACAGCACGCUCUGCGCCGGCACCCUGAGCCUACACCCACAGCCCCUGGCUCGCCCACGGAAGCCACUCAGGGUCCCCUACACUGCUCCCACUGUGGGCUGCUGUGCUCCAGCCCAGCCAGCCUGCGAGGACACACUCGGAAGCAGCAUCCCCGGCUGGAGUGCGCGGCCUGUCAGGAGGCUUUCCCCAGCCGCCUGGCCCUAGACGAGCACCGGAGGCAGCAGCACUUCAGCCACCGCUGUCAGCUCUGUGACUUCGCUGCCCGUGAGCAGGGGGGCCUGGUGAGGCACUACCUGGAACACCACGAGGAGACUUCGGAUGGCGGUGCCAACCAGCCCCCUCUGCGCUGCCCCUUUUGUGACUUUGCGUGUCACCAUCAGCUGGUGCUUGAUCACCAUGUGAAGGGGCACGGGGGCAUCCGGCUCUACAAGUGUACUGACUGUGCUUACAGCACCAAGAAUCGGCAGAAGAUCACGUGGCACAGCCGCAUCCACACUGGGGAGAAGCCCUACCGCUGCCACCUCUGCACCUAUGCUUGUGCUGACCCCUCUCGCCUCAAGUACCACAUGCGGAUCCACAAGGAGGAACGGAAGUACCUGUGCCCUGACUGUGGCUACAAGUGCAAGUGGGUCAACCAGCUGAAAUACCACAUGACUAAGCACACAGGGCUGAAGCCGUACCAGUGUCCUGAGUGUGAGUACUGUACCAACCGGGCUGAUGCCCUGCGUGUGCACCGGGAGACGCGGCACCGGGAAGCGCGGGCCUUUAUGUGUGAGCAGUGCGGCAAGGCCUUCAAGACGCGCUUCCUGCUGCGCACCCACCUCCGCAAGCACAGCGAGGCCAAGCCCUACGUGUGCAACGUGUGCCAUCGUGGUUUUCGCUGGGCCGCUGGCCUGCGCCACCACGCCCUCACCCACACCGACCGCCACCCCUUUUUCUGCCGCCUCUGCAGCUACAAGGCCAAGCAGAAAUUCCAAGUGGUCAAGCAUGUGCGCAGGCACCACCCUGACCAGACUGACCCAAACCAGGGAGUGGGCAAAGACCCCACCACCCCCACAGUGCACUUGCACGAUGUGCAGCUGGAGGAUCCUGUCCCCUACGCUCCCACCACCCCCCACACUGGACCUGAAGGCUGA